AUGUCUCCUACGGAACCCAUGGGGAUGCCAGAUGAGUAUAUACCUACCGAAGGCUACAUAGAGGACAAUCAGCAACAAGCAUCUACUUCAGUCACUGCAUCUGAUUCUGGACAAAAGAAAAAAUCCAAGGUGAAGAAACUCAUGAAUAGACUCAAGACGCGAUGGAAGAGAUUCAAGGCACAGCAUCUGGACGCUGCUGGGUUUUCGGAGACGGCUGGUCAAAGGGCCUGA